CUCCCUCCCCACUUAAUUGAGCCAGUCACUUUGCCGUCCAUCCCUACCAAAGCUUCGGUUGUGCUUCGUCUUUCAUAAUUUCAGUCCAUAGCUUUCCGACUCGCGCUUCUUCUGUAUUCUCUUGCUUUCUCUGUUUUUCCUUUUGCCUUCGUAUUCUUCAACACCCAAAAAAAAAAAAAACCUGAAGUUACUGCUUUGCUUGGCACUUCUUCAAUUUGGUUUCUGAUAUAUUUUCAUCCGUUGUUCUCAUUAUCUUUUCAGUGUUACAACACUCCUUGCCUCCGUUUUCUUUUUGUAAUUCUUUAUUUCUCAACUUUUUCUUAAACGUCUUUUCUGCAACUUCGUUUGGAUUUCUUGUAUCUUUUGAUUUCUGUUUUUUCUAGUCUCUCCAAUAUUAAAAAAAAAAAAUUAAAGAAGUUCCUGAACCUGCUGCUUCUGCAUUUGCGGGAAGCAAAAUCUGUUCCCUAAAGUUGUUCCAAACACCAUAAAAAGAUAGUCUCCUGCUUGAUCUGUGUUGAAGUACUAAGGCAAGCUAGUUGUUGCUGGGAGAUCUAAGGCUACUACCUUGAAACCACAAAGUUCCACAUCAACUACUUGUAUUCAGAGUAUAAAGAGCAACCAGGGGAAAAGAAAAAAAGAAACAUUUUCCGAACUUGUUGAGUGCAAAAUUACUGAAGGGCGGGCUGUAGCUGUCGCCGGGCGCCGCUGUCCCACUGCCAGGAAGCUGUCGUUCUUGAUCAGGCCACCGAGUCAUCUGAAGUGUUGGUCUUUUAAUAAUAAAAAAAAUUUCUACAAGUCUGCAAGGCAGACCUGGAAUCAGGAAGGACCUGUUAGCUACAGCUGCAAGUCUGCGAUGUCAAGACCUUGAGCCGGGAAGGACCGGUUAGCUACAUUUAUAAGUCACAAGUUCAUAGCUCUUCGACUCUCGCUUCUUCUGUGUUCCUUUUGCCUUCGUAUUCUGAGUCUGCUGCUUCUGCAUUUGUGGGAAGCAAAAUCUGUUUCCUAAAGUUGUUCCAAACACCUUUAAAAGAUAGUUUCAUGCUUGAUCUGUGUUGGUCUGUUGGAGCACCAAGGAAAGCUGAUUAUUACUCGGGGGUCUGAGUGUAUUGUUGUCACCUCUCAAAAUAUAAAGAGCAACCAGAGAACGAAAAAAAAACAAAGAAACAUUUGCCAACCUUAUUGAACGCAAAAUUGCUAAAGGUGGGGCUCUAGCAGUCGUCGGUCGUCACUGACUCACCACUAGGAAGCUGUCGCCAUCGAUCAGGCCGCCGAGCCAUCUGGAGUUUUGUGGAUUCGAACCCAGCUCUCUUCUAAACUGAAGGACUAGCCGUUGUCUUGUCCCACUUUUGAGCAUUCACAUGGAUCCCGCUACUUGUUUUAUUGAAAAGCUUCUAGAAAAGCUUCUAGAUUAUACAAUAAAUGCCUUGGGACGGCAAGUUGGCUACAUGAUUUUCUAUCGCAACAACAUUGAUGAGCUAAGGAGUCAAAUACAAGAUCUCAAUCAAAAGCAAGAAGCUAUGCAACAUUUAAUCGACGAGGCUAUAAGAAAUUGUGAAAGAAUUGAACUGCAAGUUGAAAGUUGGAUGAGUGGAGUGGAUGAUAUAAAAAUGCAAGCAGAACAAUUCUUUAAUGAAGAAGGCCAAUCACAAACUAGAUGUAGCAGAACUUCAUGCCCAAAUUUAUGUUCAUGUUAUCAACUGAGUAGAAGAGCAAAGAAGAUGGCACUGAAAGUCAAAGACCUUGCAAAGAAAAAGAAAGACUUAAACAAAGUUUCACAUCUUCCUUCUCCCAAAUGCAGGCACUUAAUAGAUGACAAAAUGAAUGAAGGGCUUGAUUCAAGGUUGCAAAUUAUAGAUCAAGUUAUGGAGGCAUUGCGAAAUUCGAGCAUUAAUAUGGUCGGGUUGUGUGGGCUUGGUGGCAUUGGCAAGACCACAAUAGCUAAAGAGGUAGCAAAGAAGUUGGAGAAUAAAAAAAUGUUUAGGAAGGUGAUCAUGGUAACUAUUUCUAAGGACAUGAAUAUUGUAGAAAUUCAAAGGCAGAUUGUUGAGAUGUUGGGUAUGCGACUCGAGGAAGUAAAUGAAGAAGUAAGAUCUUCUCGUCUUUUUGAUAGGUUGAAGCAAGAGGAGAAUAUGCUCCCAAUAUUGGAUGAUCUUUGGGGAGAACUUGAUUUUGGAAAAGUUGGAAUUCCCUUUAUUGGGGACAAAAAUAAUAACAAAAAGAAUGAAGGUUGCAAAAUCUUACUGACUUCAAGAAAUAAAACACUACUUUCAGACGUAAUGAAAUGUGAAAAGAUCAUCGGAGUGGGUGUUUUGCAAGAAGAAGAAGCACAGGAGUUGUUCAAGAGGAUUGCUGAACUUUCUAUUGAAUCAAGCAAUCCUGGUUUGAUGUCUAUAGCCGGUGAGAUUGUUCAAAAGUGUGGAGGGUUGCCGCUAGCAAUUGUUACAGCUGCAAAAGCAUUGAGGAAUAAAGAUCAAAAUAUAUGGGAAGAUGCCCUUACACGAUUGAGAAAUCCUUUACGGAGAAACAUCACAGGAAUUAAAGAGGUGGAUCAGAUUUUAAGGUUGAGCUACGAUCAGCUAACCAAAGAGAACCAACAUAUUUUCUUGUUCUCAUCCAUGUUGUCUCAUGAUCCCUUAAUUCAAGACUUGCUCAUGUACUCUGUGGGGUUAGGUUUUCUUAAACACAUUGAAAACAUGGAAGAUGCUCGAGUCGGAAUAUCUGCUGUUGUAAGUAAGCUAAAAUCAUUGAAUUUAUUUCUUGAUAGCUUUUCUAGUCAACAUUUUACCAUCCAUGAUGUCAUUCGGGAUGUUGCACUAUCUAUUGCAUCCAAUGAAUUAUGUGCCUUCAUUUGGAGACAUAAAAGGUUGAAUGCAUGGCCAGAGCAGAAUUUGCUAGAAGGCUACAAGGGAAUUUGCUUAGAAAAAAGUGACAUUAGGGAUCUUCCAGAAGAGUUACUUGCUCCAAGGUUAGAAUUCUUCCUAUUAAAUAGUGAAAAUCGUGAUUUGGCCAUACCGGAUACCUUUUUCAAAUCUACAAAAGAUCUUAAAUUGUUGAGUUUUAUCAAUGUGUGCUUUUCAUCAUUGCCAUUUCUUAAUUCUCUAAAAAAGCUCAAAACUUUAUGCCUCCAUUCUUGUUUGUUGAAAGACAUGACUCAGGUUGGAAGCUUGAAGCAAUUAACAACCUUGAGUCUUGCUUAUUCUGAAAUUGAACAUUUGCCAUUUGAAUUGGCGAUGUUGACUUCAUUACAAAUGCUAAAUCUAGCCCAUUGCACUAAACUUAAAGUGAUUCCACCAAAACUCCUAUCUAGCUGGGAAAAAUUGGAGGUUCUGAGCAUGGAAAACAGCUUUAACCAGUGGGAAGCCAAAGGAUCGAGUGAAUGUAAUGUAAAUGCAAGUCUUGUUGAGUUAAAGGACUUGCCAAUCUCUUCUCUAGAUAUUUGUAUUCCUGAUCCCUCUAUUUUGCCAGAGAAUUUGUUCUCAGAUAAGAAAUUGAAGAGAUACAGAAUAAUUAUUGGAGAGAAUUGGAGAUGGGAUUGCAAUCACGAAACUUCAAAGACAUUGAAACUUGAGCUAAAUGAAAAUGUCCAUUCGAAGCAUGGGGUUCAGAAGUUAUUGGAAGGAGUUGAAGAUUUGUAUUUGUGUGGAUCCAAUGGUCUUGAACAUGUUCUUCACAAUAGAUUUCCAUAUUUAAGGCAUCUUCAGAUUAAAAGUAAUGACGAUGUUGAAUAUAUUGUUUUGAGCUCAACCCAUCAAGAAGUUGCCCUCCCAAUGCUUGAAACUUUGAACCUUGAAAAGUUGAAUGUGCUAAAGAAGUUAUGUCAAGGACCAAUUGCGCCCACCUUCUUCCAAAACCUAAAAGUAAUCAAAGUGAGUGGUUGUCAACAGUUGAAGUGGAUUUUCUCAGCUUCAAUGAUUGGAUCAUUUUCGCAGCUUGUUGAGAUUGAAAUUAGAGAUUGUGACUCUUUGAAAGAGGUAGUGACAUCUGCUAUUGAAGACUCAUCUGAUCAGCCAAAAUUUGCUAAUGACGUCAUUGUUUUCAAGAAGUUACGCACUUUGAAGAUGGAAAGAUUGCCAGUUCUUAUAGAUUUCUACAUGCAGGAUAGAGCAGCAAAUAACCAUUAUAAUACAGCUUCGAAAUCACUCUUCAACAAUAAGGUGUUAUUUCAGAUGUUGGAGCUAUUGGAACUGUCAGAUUUAGACAAUUUGAUUUCAUCUAUAUGGAAUGAUCAGCCUUCCGACAGCUCGUUUAGUAACUUGAAAAGACUAGAUGUGGAUAGCUGUGGCUUUGUGGUAUUAGUGCCCUUCCAAGUUCUAAGAUCCUUACAUAGUUUGGAAGAACUAGCAGUGGGACAGUGUGAGAACUUGGAGGUGGUGUUUGACUUAGAUGAUUUGAAUGACUGUAAAGAGAGACAGUCAUCUUCAGUGGUUCUACCAUUGAAGAAGUUAAGCUUAUGGAGUUUGCCAAAAUUGAAGAAUGUGUGGAGCAAUCACCACCAAGGAAAUGUCUCCUUCCAAAGUCUAAGCCAAAUUGAUUCAAAAUAUUCUCUGCUCUCCUGCAACAAGGUGUUAUUUCCGAUGUUGGAGCGAUUGGAACUGUCAGAUUUAGACAAUUUGACUUCAUCUAGAUGGAAUGAUCAGCUUUUUGACAGCUCAGUUAGUAACUUGAAAAGACUAUUUGUGUGGUCGUGUGGCUUUGUGAUAUUAGUGCCCUUCCAAGUUCUAAGAUCCUUGCAUAGUUUGGAAGAACUAGAAGUGGAAGAGUGUGAGAAGUUGGAGGUGGUGUUUUAUUUAGAAGAUUUGAAUAAUUGUAAAGAGCCACAAUCAUCAUCAGUGGUUGUGCCAUUGAAGAAGUUACGACUAUCUAGGUUGCCAAAACUGAAGAAUGUGUGGGGCAAUCAACACCAAGAAAAUGUCUCCUUCCAAAGUCUAAGGCAGAUAGAAGUUGUUAAUUGUGACAGCCUGAUGAGUGUGUUUCCUGCAUCUAUAACCAAAGGCAUGCUUCAUUGUCUUGAACAACUUGAAGUACAAGAUUGUGCUGAUUUGGAAGUAAUUGUUGCAAAGGAUCAAGUUUCAGAAUCUCUUGAUGCUGCCUGUGUGUGUCCUAGGCUGACUUCCCUUGAGCUUUUUGACCUUCCAAAUUUGAGGAACUUCUAUGCACAAAGACAUAAAUUAGAAUGGCCCAACGUUCAACAGUUAGAAAUUGACGCUUGUGGUGAAAUACAGAUAUUUGAAAAGGUCUCAAGUUCAUCAGAAAUACAUAGGGAAGAGCGUACAAUAGACUCAAUAUAUCCUUUGCUCUCCUGCAACAAGGAUGAUCGAUUUUCAGUCAACCUGUUUAGUAACUUGAAAGAACUAGUUGUGGAGAGGUGUGGUUCUAUGAGAUUAGUGCCCUUCCAAGUUAUAAGAUCCUUAAACAGUUUGGAAGAACUACAAGUGACAGAUUGUGAGAAGUUGGAGGUGGUGUUUGAUUUAGAAGACUUGAAUGAUUGUGAAGAGGGACAAUCAUCAUCAGUGGUUGUGCCAUUGAAGAAGUUAAUACUAGAGGAUUUGCCAAAACUGAAGAAUGUGUGGAGCAAUCACCACCGAGGAAAUGUCUCCUUCCAAACUUCAAGGCAAAUUGAUUCAAAAAAUCCUCUGCUCUCUCGCAACAAGGUUAUUGACACUCUGGAGGAGUUGAAAUUAUGUGGAAAAGAAGCGGAGAUGAUGGGAAGCGGGCAGUUUCCAAUGUAUAGCUUCCCCAAAGUGAAAGAUCUUUUUUUAAUUACCAAGAAAGCAACAACUAUAUCGUACAGAUCAUUGUUGAACUGCUUCCCAAAUUUAGAGCAUCUUGAGCUGGAUGGUGAGUUUAAGGAUCCUUUUGGAGGGCAUGAUGUUGCUGCACUUCUUUUUCCCUUUCAAAAACUGACUCUUUGCGAUAUUGCUAAUACGAUAAGCUUGGGACCAUCCUUUGUUUCUUUGACAAUACCAAAUCUCACACAUCUCGAAGUGACAAUGUCCGCUAGGGUGACCACUUUGCUAACGUCGCUAGCAGCUCGAAGCUUGGUCCAUCUCACACACCUCAUAGUUUUACAGAGCAAUCAAAUAGAAGAAAUAAUAGCAAAGCAAGAGGGAGAGGAUGACGAGGACCAGGAUAUUAUUUUCAGCAAACUGGAGCGUUUACAACUUUAUGGCUUGCCAAAAUUGAAGAGAUUUUGUGGCCAUAAUUAUACCUUCAAUUUUCCAUUAUUGGAUGAUGUCAAUAUAGCAUAUUGUGGUCAACUCUCAACAUUCUGUCUUGGAGCUAUACAUACCCCGCGCCUUCAAAGCAUUAAAGUGGAUUUUCAAAAACAUAUUUGGAAGAGCGAUCUUAACGAGACCAUCCAAUAUCAUUUCACUGGUCAACAGGAUGGCGUUAAUAUAUAGAAGGGGAGUCCAUCAUUUAUUUGUGCAGGUUAUGUUUGUGGUGAUGUUGACCCUUGAUUAAAUAAGACGACCAAUGUGUUAUGAUUGGAAGGUUUUCAUUCAACUACUGUGUCGUUUGCUUUGUCAAGACAUAUUGGUAUCAUUGACAUGUGGCUAAGAUUAUUCUAGAAGAUUGGUUUUUGAUGAAUGCAUGGAAAGAUAUAACAACAAUGGAGCUAAUGACCUUUUUGUCUUUUGAUUCAGAUGAUCUUUAUUCAAAAUUCUCUAGAAGUAACAAAACUUCAAGGACCUAGUUGUCCUUUAAUAGCUUUAAUUUUUUGCACGUAUACACCAAUGGCAUUAGAAAUAGGUAUAUUUUGAUCCUUGGAAAACCAGAAGUAGUUCCCUAUACUUCCCCAAAGUCAAAUUCAAAUAUCUUUGCUUUCU